GGAGGGCGAUAUGGUGGACGCAGCGGUGGUGGUGGCGGCGGACGAGGAUCUGGGGGCCGCGGUGGCGGCUCGCGAGGUUCUCGCGGAGGUCGCGAUGCGGGAGAUAGAGGAAGAUUUGAUCGUUCUUCUGGCGGCGCAAGUGAUCGUGCUAACAAAUGGGCCGGAAGCAGUAGUGGUGGUAUGGGCGGAGCUAGCUAUGGAAACAGUAAAUCGUUUCCCCAAAAUAAUUUCGGGAGUGGAACUUCGGGCGGUGGCUCCAGCAGCUACAGCCAAAACAAUAGCGGAUAUGGCGGAGGGAGUUAUAGGCAACAAAAUGGCUAUUGAUUCUAAAUGAGCAAAGAAGGUUCCAGAGGCUCCAGGGAAUAAUAGCAAUCGGCGCAAGUGUGACACCAGCCGACAAGCCCAGAGUCACCCAGAAUCGUUCCGCAAGAUUUACACUCAUACAUUCUCAUAAGCAUUCAUCUUCUUUUUCCUUUCCUAGUACAUGUAAGAUUUCCAUUAGCUUAUUUAAUUAACAUCGCAAUUAGUUAUACAAGUCAUGUUUAGGAUAGCUCUUUAAUAUAUUUAGGCGAUCAAUUACAUCCUGUAAUUGUCACCGAAUGAUGUAGUAUUAAAACAAUUCAAUCAGCUUGUUGCUGUACAUUCAAUAAAAUAGUAUAAGAAUGACACUGGAAAGUGUUGAAAUUUGCAUUACUCUA